GCUGUGUAGCAGCAUUGUGCCUAUGCAGACGGAGGGAGUAGAGGGAGGCUCACCAUGGCCUGCGCUCAGCCCCUGGCCAAAGUCAAGGGCCAGCUCCGGAUCCGCAGCCUCCUGGCCCGACAGUGCCUGGCCGAGUUUCUGGGUGUAUUUGUGCUCAUGCUCCUCACUCAGGGGGCUGUGGCCCAGGCUGUCACCAGUGGAGAAACCAAAGGCAACUUCUUCACCAUGUUUCUGGCUGGCUCUCUGGCGGUGGUGAUUGCCAUCUACGUGGGUGGUAAUGUUUCAGGGGCCCAUCUGAACCCAGCCUUCUCCCUGGCCAUGUGUCUCCUGGGACGCCUUCCCUGGGCCAAGCUCCCCAUUUACUCCCUGGUGCAGUUGCUGUCUGCUUUCUGUGCCUCUGGAGCCACUUACGUUCUCUACUACGAUGCCCUACAGAAUUAUACAAGCGGGAACCUGACAGUGACUGGCCCCAAGGAGACGGCCUCCAUCUUUGCCACCUACCCUGCCCCCUAUCUGUCCCUGAACAAUGGCUUCCUGGAUCAGGUUCUGGGCACUGGGAUCCUGAUUGUGGGGAUCUUGGCCAUCCUGGACACACGGAACAAGGGAGUGCCUGCGGGUCUGGAGCCUGUGGCAGUGGGGCUGCUGAUCCUGGUCAUUGGGCUAUCCAUGGGUGCCAACUGUGGGUUCCCACUCAAUCCUGCUCGCGACCUGGGCCCAAGGCUUUUCACUUAUGUGGCUGGCUGGGGCCCUGAGGUCUUCAGUGCUUCUGGGAGAAGGCCAGAGGAGUCACCGGGUGUCUCCCUUCUGUCCUCUCGCAGCGCUGGCAAUGGCUGGUGGUGGGUGCCUGUGGUGGCUCCGCUGGUGGGGGCCACCCUUGGCACAGCCACUUACCAGCUGCUGGUGGCUCUACACCACCCCGAGGACUCAGAGCCUGCUCGGGAUCUAGAGUUUGCCCAACACGAGGUCUCAGACUUGGAGACUCCUGCCUCAGCUCAAAAGCCAGAGUAUAAGCUAUGAUUCCGACACGGCAGCCCUCACCUCCCUAAGGGACACUGAGGAGGGCCAGAGAUCCAGGCCUGGUAACAAGACAUUCCCUCUCUGUUUUUCUUUCUGAAUAAUUUUUUUUUUUAUUAUUAUUGAAGUAUGUUGAUAUACCAUUUUAUAUUGGUUUCAAAUAUGCAACACAAUGGUUCAACAGUUACCCAUAUUAUUAAAUACUCACUCCCACUAGUGCGGUUACUGUCUGUCUACAUAGAAAGACGUUACAGAAUCAUUGACUAUAUUCUCCAUGCUGUUCUACUAUCUCUGUGACCAAACUAUAUUAUGACUGAGAAUUUUUGUGCCCUUUUAUCCCCCUCAUCCUUCCCCCAACCCACCCCAACCCCUCCCCCAUGGUAACCACCAGUCACUUCUCAGUGUCUAUGAGUCUGCUGCUGUUUUGUUCACUCUGCUUUGUUUUUAUAUUCCACAAAUAAGUGAAAUCUUAUAGUAUUUGUCGUUCUCUGCCUGGCUUAUUUCACUAAGCAUUAUAUCCUCUACAUCCAUGUCGUUGCAAAUGGCACGAUUUCUUUUCUUUUUAUGGCUGAAUAAUAUUCCAUUGUGGAUAUGUACCGCAUUUCUUUAUCCAUUCAUCUAUUGAUGGACACUUAGGUUGCUUCCAUAUCUUGGCUAUUGUAAAUAAUGU